GUAUUCGGCUGCAGAGCACCACGGCAGUCCUGGGCCGUGACAGCUACGGGGGCAUCAUGGACUGCGCCAAGUCCAUGCUGCGACAUGAAGGUGUUAGAGGCCUUUGGAAGGGAUAUGCUUCACCAACCUUCACAGUUGGUGCUAUGAAUGCCAUGCUAUUCUUGACCUACGAAGCGACCAUCAGAUAUCUCAGAGACCCUGCAAAGGAUCCCAAUGAGGACCCGGAUUUGCGGAGCGUCUUUCUGGCCGGCUGCGUGGCCGGCUCGGGGAGUUCGUUCAUCAACACACCCACGGAGCUGGUGAAAUGCCUGGCACAAACGAACUUGAAAAAUAAGGGCACGCUGAUGGAGGAAUGGCAAAUUGCCCGACGCCUGGUCCGAGAGCAUGGCUUCUUUGGCACCCGCGGCCCCUGGCGAGGCAUUGAGAUCACGAUCAUUCGAGAUACACCGAGCCAAGGGCUCUAUUUUCUGCUCUACGAAAGCAUCACUCGGACCUUUGGCAAAAGCGAAUUCUCCACCUUCUUGGCUGGCGGAAUCUCAGGUGCUGCUGCUUGGGCAUCCACUUACCCCAUUGACGUGAUCAAGACUCGCUGGACUACCUCUGCCUGUGGUGUUUAUGGUGGCCUCACCGAUUGCAUCGUGACAACGAUGCAACAAGGUGGCUGGAGGGUCUUCCUCAAUGGCUUCGGUGCCACCAUGGCGCGAGCCUUGCCGCAGCAUGCUGUGGUCUUUUCCACGUAUGAACUGAUCAAAAGCACUCUGAACGAAUGAUGCGUAGCGCGCAGUCUGCACGUUUCUGAACGAAUGGGUUGGGGGUGUAUCUCAGUCAUCUCAAACACACGA